UUGUGGCUAGGCUAGCUAAUCAUGUUUCCACAGGCAACUAUGCUAACACACGGGUUUACCCCAUAUAGACACAAACAAGUCGUAUCACGCAUUUUCCAGUGAACGUGACUUGAGAGGCGCCCGAUGAACCAUUCCACCCCCUUAAUUCUGAAGAUGGAGAACCAUGUUCACUGUAUCUCCUGUGUUAACCAGAGAUGCAUGGUACAGUCUGAACCAGGAGUUUCUUGUGAGAUUAUCACAUGUCCUUUGAUGUGUGGGGCCAUGUUUCAUUCCUGCAAAGGUGAUGAACACCAACUUUUGUGCCCACUUAUGAAGGUUCCAUGUCUUAAUAGCAACUAUGGCUGCCCAGCCAUUCUGAUCCGUAACAAAAUCUCUGCACACAUGGAUGUUUGUCCGGCUGGGGUUGUCUCCUGCCCAGAGAGAUGGAACUUGCACCCAACACAAAUCUUGGAUUUUAAAUCUGGUAGGAAAUUGGGAAGUAUCUUGGAUGAGAUAAGGAACCAUAAAGACCUUGCACUUGCUCUGGAGGACCAUCAGGCACUCCUUGAGACCAUAGAGGAGAUGGGGAUGAAAAACUUAAUUCACAAAGAUUUUGUUAUUGAAGAAGCAAUGCUGUUAGCUUUAGCAUUGCCUGCUUCUGAGGCAUCAACCGUGUCUUCCUCACUUCAAUUGCAGUCUGCUCCAAAAGGAUCCACAACAGAGGAAGUUGUUAGUGGAAUGAAAGGUUUUAACAAAAGAGAUAUAAAGGAGAACUGUUCCAGUCUGAGCUGUUUGGAUGAAAGUGGUGCUCCUGAAAAUAUUGGACUAUUAAGUAAAAAUGCAACCAAUGGAUCAUUGAUGGAAAAAGAACCUGUGACCCUUAAAAUAAUAUCACACACUUAUCCCCCCAUAUGCGGUCAGUCAUUUCGCCGUGACCAAUAUUCUUCCCAUUAUCUAAAUAUCCACUGUGACUUUCACCCCAACUUUCGUGACCGCAUAGAGUCCCACUGUCCUCUGGCAUUGUAUGGUUGUAGGUUUUCCCAGCAGAGGUUGUGGCCAUCUACCCACAGGACCAGGGUGAUUUACCAUAAGCACCUUAAGUCAUUUGUAAUCAUGCCUCCUAUCAAUGCGGAACCUGCAAAGGACUCCCAGUCAGACCGGUUUAGUGCGCUCCCCAUUGAGAUACUGUGGCACAUAGCUAGAUUCCUGGACAGUUUUAGCCUCUGCCAGCUGUCCUUGGUGUCGAGGACUAUGAGGGAAGUGUGUGCCAGUCUCCUCCCUUCAAGGGGGAUAGUGGAGCUGCAGUGGGAGCAAGGAUAUUUCCCUGGUCAUCCUCACACUUUAAGAUGGCGGGUCAAAAGUAAAGUGUGGAAAUUCAGCCCUGCCUUCAGUCCUGUGUACUCGUGGCAUUUUGUUGAUGUUCCCAGCAUGUCGGAUCACAUGAAGAAGUGUCCUUUUUUCAACAGAGCUGAGCUGAAGACUGAGCCAGUACCCCUUACCGCCAUGUGCACAGAACAAGACAGACUCUCAAUCCUGCAUUGUUAUCAAACCCUGCGUAGCCUCAUUGCUUGAUCAAGCAAAGCUCAUCUUUAUGAGAUUCACUGUGAAAUUAUGGGAAUGUUGCUAAUAAAAAUGUCCUUUCUUGCACUAAAUCAAAAUGUAACUUUUAU